AUGUCCGGUCCGAUGGCCUCGCCGCCAGCAACGGAGAUUUUGAGGAAUGGGUAUGCGAGAGCAUUUGAGACACAUUCUGUUUUCCUGACUGGCAGCACAGGAUCGCUUGGAGGAUGUCUUCUGUACAAGUUGGCCUUGCAACUUCCGACCCAUAGGAUCUUCGUUCUUAUCCGUGGAUCGCCUCAAACUGCUAUUGAAAAAUGGCGAAAACUCAUGCCUGGACAUGUACCGGCGAUCCUCGACUCUGGGAAAGUGGAAUUUGUGGUUGGAGACAUCAAGCAAGCGGACUUUGGGAUUAAAAAGGCAAUGUUGCAGCGGUUGCGUGAAGAGGUCACUCUUGUCAUUCAUGCGGCAGCCAAGAUAACCUUGGACGCAGGCAUCGCAGAGUCAAUCGAAAACAACUGUCUGCCGACGCUUGAACUUGCACAGAUCAUCUCACGCUUCAGGCGUUUGAAGCUCUUUAUCCAGAUCUCAACGGCGUACGUGAACAGCUUCCUGCCCGAUGGGUAUGUAGGCGAGCGACUAUAUUCCAUCUCCGAUGAAGACCCGGAGGAUGAGCUAGCAGCCAUACAGGCAACUGGGAAGUCUCCCUACACCUCGCGAUUCUCGUCAUCGUACACCCAUGCCAAAUAUCUCAUGGAGCGGCUGUUGCUCAAGAACUACCCUCUUCUGCCGCUUCUGCUUGUACGACCGACCAUCUUUGGCUCCGCGUUUCGGGACCCAUAUCCUCGAUAUGGACCUCUCAAUUCCACGCCGAUGAAUAAAUUCGCCAGCCUGUUCUUCGCAGACCUAGGAAGCACACAUGUGUGGCACGCGGCCAAAGGGUACAACAGUGGUGCAAAUAUCCUUGACGAGAUUCCAGUCGAUUUUGUCGCGAAUGGUUGUCUUCUGCACGCAGCGGCAAAAACACGGGGGAUCGUCCAUCUUGGAGCUCAGCUUUAUGUGCCUCAUACUUUCGAUGACUUCUUACAUCUUGCAGCAUCGAACGCUCCGACUUCGAUCCAGAAAGAUUUGCCAACGAUAGAAUUCACCCAGGACCAUGAUGUUCCGCAGUCUCUACUGGCAGACCUAGUAAAGGUCGCCACGCGCAACUGGCUGUUUGACUGUGGUAGGUCGUAUUGGCUGAAACAGGUAGGUGGACCAUUGAGCUUUGCCGCAUGCAAGCAUGACGUCGAGCAGCUCAAUUCCACGAGGGUCAAAGAGAUUUAUGAGAAAACUGCACAGAAAUUGGCAAGGCUGUAG